AUGCACGGCUUAACGAUACACGGGACAGUCAAGCCAUGCGGGCAUUGUGCCACAACAAUCUUGCCACAGCGAUCCAGGGGGAAACAACCCACAGACCAAAGAAGGGGCUCAGAAGAUAAUCUUGCUGGUGCAACCUGUUUUCCAACUCGGCAUUUAAGAAUUGAACUAAUUCGUUGUGACAUCAAGGACCUUGGGUGGCGGCUUCAAAAUAAAUCUGGCUGGUGGAGCUUCAGCUGCCAGGAGCAGAGUGAGAAGAUUUCUGCAGGAGGCCUGCAGCAAUUGGAGAUCCCUCUCCUGAGUUUGAAGCACAACAAGCCUUGUUGCGCUAUUCCAAUAUUUGAGGGGCUGCCCCAAAGAAGAGGGGUUCAAAUUAUUCUCCAAAGCACCAAAGAGGGCACGACAAGAAUCAAUGGAUGGAAACUAAUCAAAGGGAGAAGCAACCUGGAAUUGAGGAGAAACUUCCUAACGGUGAAGAGAAUUGAUCAGUGGAACAGCUUGCCACCAGAAGUUUAUGUUCCCACAGAGAGGGACUCCUCAGGGUGCCGUCAGCCAAACAGUGUCGACUGGCGGCCCCCAGGGGGAGGGCCUUCUCUGUGGGGGCUCCAACCCUGUGGAACGAACUUCCCCUCGGACUUCGACAAUUACCUGACCUUAGGACCUUUCGCCGCGAACUUAAAACUUAUUUAUUUCGUAUGGCUGGACUAGCCUGAUUUUUAUUUUUAUUGGAUGGGUUUUUAAAAUUUUGUGAUUUUACGGGGGAGUACGUUUUUUAACAUUUUGGGCAUUUAAAUUAGUUUUUUAAGGGAUGUUUUUAAUUAUUGUGUGUAUUUAUAUUUUAUCUGCCUGUU